AUGUCUGACGCUGACGAUGAUUUUAUGCUUGAAGACGAUGAGGAGGAUUACAACUUCGAUUAUGAAGACGACGAACAGGAAGAACCUGACGUCGAUCUAGAAAAUAAGUACUAUAACGCAAAAGCGCGAAAGGAAGAUGAUCCUGAAUGUGCUAUCAAAGAGUUUCAGAGUGUGGUGGAUACUGAACAGGAAAAAGGAGAUUGGGGAUUUAAAGCUCUCAAGCAAAUGGCAAAGUUAUCCUUUAAAGCGGGUGAUUAUGAAUCGACGCUUAAAUAUUACAAGCAACUUCUUUCUUACACAAAAUCUGCGGUGACGCGAAAUUAUAGUGAGAAGAGUAUCAAUAAUAUUUUGGACUUUAUCUCCUCUUCUCAAGAUAUGGCUUUCAUGGAGGAAUUUUAUUCAACUACUCUGAGUGCAUUAGAAGAAGCUAAAAAUGAGAGAUUAUGGGUUAAGACCAAUUUAAAAUUGGCAAAGCUUUGGCUUGAUCGAAAAGAGUAUACUCGCUUGAAUAAGAUCCUACGUCAGCUUCAUACUUCUUGCCAAAAGGAUGAUGGAACUGAUGAUCAACGUAAGGGUACUCACUUAUUGGAAAUUUUCGCGCUUGAAAUUCAAAUGUACACAGAAACCAAAAAUAACAAAAAAUUAAAGGCAUUAUAUCAACAAUGCCUACAUGUCAAAUCUGCUAUUCCACACCCACGUAUAAUGGGAGUUAUUCGUGAAUGUGGAGGGAAGAUGCAUAUGGGUGAAAAGGAGUGGGACAAAGCCCAAACGGAUUUCUUUGAAUCUUUUAGGAAUUAUGAUGAAGCCGGAAGCCCUCAACGUAUACAAGUGCUAAAAUAUCUUGUUUUAGCAAACAUGUUGACCGAAUCGCAAAUUAAUCCCUUCGAUUCUCAAGAGACAAAGCCAUACAAGAAUGAUCCACAGAUCGUUGCUAUGACAAAUCUUGUUAGCGCAUACCAACGUAAAGAAAUUCGGGAAUUCGAAAAAAUUCUAAAAGACAAUCGCGCGACUAUCAUGGAUGAUAUUUUCAUCCGUACGUACAUUGACGAUGUUCUUAAGAAUAUUCGAACACAAGUGUUGCUUCGUCUCAUUAAACCUUAUACACGGAUAGAGAUUCCAUUUGUGUCGAAGCAACUCAACAUCCCAGCACAGGAUGUUGAGGAUUUGUUAGUCGGUCUUGUACUUGAUAACAAAAUUGUCGGACGAAUUGAUCAAGUGAAUCAACGAUUGGAGUUGUAUAGACAGUACGUAAACUGUGAAUAA